AUGAAUGUGAGUUUAAAUUGGUGUUUUUCUAUGUUUUUUUACAAUGUUUCAUUUCUGUUUUUUAUUUGCAGGCCUACGGCCAAACUAAGAUACUAAAGCAAGUUAUCAUCCAGCAAGGAUCUCAAGGCGGGGGCCGAGGACGCGGCUCAUGGCGCAGAGGUGGUGGCGGUCGUGGUGGAGGCGGCCGUGGUGGCUUUGGUGCCCAAAGAAAUGAGGGAAGAUCCAGAUUUCUUUCCAAACAGUAAGUCCUUAUAUAAAAGCUAUUGCUAUUCUUUUGGUCUAAUACCGUUGAUACUACAUUCUAUUCUUUAGAAGUCGUUUCAAGAAGCGCGCGUUGAAACCGGAUAAUGGAUCUCCUUCCCGUCAGCCCUCUCUACAGCCUGUCCCUAUUUCACCUUCCGUCGAUAAUCGGUAAGUUUUUACAACUUUUCAGUAAAGAUUAUUGAUUUUUGUUAUCAUCUAUAUUACAACCUUUAUUUUAGUCACAACGCUGACAAAAAAAACCCCCCUUCCCCCAACGAAGACAGUCUUUUGGAAACAAGAUACGACAAUUGCAUCACCCCGGUCUACAAUCCCGAUGAGGAAAAUAUCCCACCUCAAACUUCGGAAGUUGUCAAUGAGCAUGACGACGGCAGCUACGGGAACUUCCAUAAACCGCUCAACAAGGACUUGACUUCAUCUGAGGUGGCGAAACAUUGCGAUGAUGACUGUUACAAGCUCUCUGUUUGGGAGAAGGCGAAAACGUGGGGAACCAAACAGAAGGACACCGUGCAACCCGCAAAAGCGAAGGACGGAAAGGAGAAGAAGCAAGCUGAAGGCGAGAAGACCGCCGAGAUCAAGAAGAACGCCGAGAAUGUCAAGUUCAAUGUGGAGAAGGCCCAGACUGCGACGGGAACGAAGGUUGGCGACUCUCCUCAUCAUGAUUUCAAGAAGAAGAAGACUCCGAGAAUCUUCCGACGGUCUAAGGCUAAGGUGGAGUGAAAAAUUUUUAUUGUUUGUUGUUGAUUGUUUUAAGUAGAUCAUAAACUUAUAUGAUUCUUUAAAGGGGUCUAAUUCUCCAUUGUCUGAAUUCAAUAAUUCUAUGAAGCCAGCCCGCCCCAUCGUCACGUUGAACGAGCUAAUCAAAGCGAAGUUGGGGAAAUCUUAA